GAAUGCGUGCGUGGGUGCCCAGGACCAACGCGGUGCAAUCACGGUCGUAAUAUAUUUAUGAUAGGUCCUACGCACUUUGUGGGACCCCAGAUGGCAGGGUUGAUUGGACUCUGAGACAUACAAGAAACGGGAUCUAGAUCGCAAGAUACCAGCAGUAUGGCAGCGUUUGGCUGGGCGAAGCCAAAACAUUUCACUAUCGAGGAUGCCUUUGAAGAGGAGCCAGAGGACGCCAUCCGACUGUAUGGCUCCACCAUGGAGACGAAGCCGCUGAACUCGAGCGAGAAGUACCGGGUCCGCUCGCCGCAGCCGGCGCGCGGCUCGACGGUUGGUGGCCACCUGGCCAGCGCCAACCCGUCGGCUGCCCUGCUGGACCCUGCCGUGCACUUCUGUCCAGGCGGACCCAAGGGCCACGAUCGGUCGUUCGAUGAUAGCGUCUCUCACGACAGCGAGUCACUGAUCGGGCAGGGCUCGGUGGACGGCCUGCCGCCGUCCCAGGCGGACGUGUGGUGGUCGCACCCCAAGGUGCAGGACAACAAGAAAAUCGUCAUCUGCGCGUUCGGCCUGAUGAUAGUUGGAAUUCUGCUGCUGGCGACGGGUGUGAUCAUAGCGGCCGUGCCGAUCGCCGGCUUCCAGAGCUUCGUGUUCAUCAUGGCGGGCGCGCUGUGCUUCAUCCCCGGCGCCUACCACAUCGCCUUCAUCUAUCUGGCGGUCAAGGGCCGCCGCGGCUACAGCUUCCAGCAGCUGCCGCUGUUCAACUGAGACGGCAGCUGUGCUGGUGCAGCGUGCCGCCGGUUCACAGCGCAAGCUUCCGCUGUCGACGGGCGCCGCCGCUGACCCGCGGAGGCUACCAGUGAUAUUAUGGGCGGGCUCGGACGCCGCUGCUCACGGCGGCUGCGCUCCGGCUGCCUCGUGGCCAGCUGUCGAGGCUUCGCACCGUGCCAGGGUGGAUAUGCGUUCUCCCCCGUGCUACUGGUGUGCGUGCUGUAUGUGACAAAUGUGCUUUGGUGGCACCUCGUGUGCAGCAGACGCUUCUGCGCUCUUUGAUCUCGGGAGUUCUGUGAUUGUGAGUGCACUGUUUGCAUUAUUAUUUUUUGUUUUUACUGCGUUUUUCGAUAGAAGUGCUGCGGUCGUGGUGUGCGCCUGCGUUGAACGGUUGAGCAGCGACCGUGAAGCCAUCUAUCUUGCCGAGGGUCAGCGCCCCGGGACAGAUCUGACGAUAGACACGUGAUGGCCCUAUGACCUGGCUGCGCCGGCAAGGAGGCGGUGCUUCACACAUGCUGCUCAGUGUCAUUGUCCGUGUAGUGUUGUACGCAGGCGAGCACCGUUGUGAGCUGGCUGUUGCUGAUGGCCGCGUAUUGCCGUCGAAUCGGUGAGAGUUCUGCUGCUCGACCCUCGCCUGCUGGAGCCGUCCUCCAGCCCUGGGGCCUGCUGCAGACCUGCGCCGCCGGUCAGACCGGCUGUCGUGCGGCACCGACUGACCCGGCGCGCGGCCACCCCGCUCUGCCCCCGGGGCCGGGACGGCGCGACGAGGCGUCUGUCACCGCCUCGGUAUCCCGCUGAUGACGCCCCUUCACCCGCCCCGGCGGCGUCGGUCCCGACCGUGGCAGCGCCGGCCGCGUCUGUCACCCGUCUGCCACAUUCAGAGCCGCCGCAGCGCCUCCGUCUGUCGUUGAUGCGUGAGUCGCCCCCGCCACCGCGCUGACCGCGCCGGUCGCCACUGACGGUGGUUAAGCUGUGCGCUCGUCCGGCUACCGUCGGUUUCUCUCGUCGCCUGCCUCGCUGGUAUGAUCUCGUGUGAACAGGGACUGUUCGGUGUACGCAUCCGUUGUCACCCUGCGCCUGUAGUGGCUUGCCAAAGUCUCCACUGGAGGUGAGAUGGUGAACCAUUCCCUUGUCUGCAGCCCCGUCCGUCGCGAGUAAGGCUGGUACAUGAUAUGCACGGCAUUUAUAUGUGCGUUGUGAAUCUGUGAUGAAAUACCACCAUGCUAUUUUUGAAUGGUAUUAUCUUGCCAUGAA